CAACGGCAUCUAGUGUGAUCUUAUCUUCACCGUCCAUCGCCUCCAGAUUAAAAGACAACUACUUACUUCUAUAUAAUUGACAUCGCCGGACCUCGCCCCAUAGAGUUCUCUUCCCCGUCGCUCAGCUCAUCAAGUAGACGAUGGCUUCAUUCUCCGACGACACUCUGAGCCUCAUCAAGAACCUGUUGGAAAAACAAGGCACCAACUUUUCCCUUCUCCCGAAGCCGAAAAGAGAUGAUUUCCGUUGCACCAAACUCAAGUCCGGGCACCACGUCUUUGAGUUUCUGGCGAGCUGGUCGGUCUCCGAUUGGUAUGGCGACUAUAACUUCGGCGCCUCUCGGAUUGGUGAUCUCGACUCCAACGGUGACUAUUUCCCGUCGCUCAAAGUGCUCGGUACCGGCGACUUUGCAACGGUCAACCGGGCUUUCUUCGGCAGGUUCAAGCAGAUCUCGGCCGAUCUACGGAGAGAGGUGGAUAAGGUUUUGGAGAAGAAGAAGGAGAAAGGAAAGGGGAAAGUACCAGAGAUUGUAUUCACUGGUCACUCCAAUGGAGGAGCAAUAGCAAUCUUGGCUACAGUGUGGUUCCUGGAACAAUACAGACACUCCAAGGUCACACCUCUCUGCGUCUCUUACGGCGCUCCUCUGGUCGGAGACAAGAUCUUCGGCCAUGCCGUAAGGCGGGAGCAACUUCUUCACGAGAUCAACAAGAGCUGGGCCUCCUGCUUCAUCAACGUCGUCUCGAUUAGGGACCUCGCCCCUCGAAUCCUCCUCUCUCCUCUCAAAGAUCUUAAUAAAGAUUAUCUGGAAUCAGUUUUCCAGACGUGGGAAAAGAAAGGAAAAGACACGACAUUAUCGACUCCUGCCAAUCGUGAAUUAUGUGAGGAUUUCUUCACCAACUUGGUGAAUAAUGCCUUCGCGGUGGCGAGCUACGACUCUUGCGUGCUGAAGAGCUCCGCCGGUGGCGGCUCUCUCUUGGAAGCCGUAAAGGAUUUGGUAGAGCUGAGUCCCUACCGGCCCUUUGGGAGCUUCCACUUCUGUGUUGGCGACGGGAAGACACUGUUGAGGGUGGACAACCAUGACGCCGUGCUGCAGAUACUCUUCUACUCCCUUCAGCUGCACGGCGAAGGGAUCGAUGUGCGUCAGGCUGUGCAAGGAAGCGUGGAAGAGCAUCUGCACUACGAAAGCAGGACAAAAGACUUGAACCUUAUCUCUCUUUUGGAUAACUUGAAUCAGCUCCCACUCUCCCCCCAAAAUAAUUUCAACCCUGCUUUCGAGGCACUUGGACUUAGCACAGAAGCCAGGCUAAGCUUGAGAGGUGCUGGGGAGAUGGAGGCGGAAAGAUUGAACAACUUGAAGAGAGUGGAAGGGCACAAAGAGGUCAUUACCAAGUGCCUGGAAAAGCUGAAGGAAUAUCAAGCCGCAUGCAGCCAAGGGACGGGCUACUACGAUGCAUUCAAGAUGCAGGAACAUGAGAGCGACUUCAACGCUAAUGUGCAUAGGCUGGAGCUGGUUGGCCUGUGGGAGGAGGUCCGUGAAUUGCUCAAGGUGUUCGAGCUGCCCGACUCGUUCGAGGUGAACCCCGAGUGGGUGGCGCUGGGCACCAGGAUCCGCGUCUUGAUGGAGCCCAUCGACAUCGCCAACUUCUAUCGGCACUACAAGGGGGACCAAACCGGGCAAUACCAGACACAGUCGCGAGCAAGGCCCAACUACUACAAGUACCCUGAGAAUUGGCUGCAGCACAUGAGGAGGUGCAGGGAAAAGGAGGACCCACUGAGGAAGGAGGAAUGGUUUAACUGGACCAUGGAUUCAUGCUUCUGGGCGAGGUUGGAGAAUAUGUGCCAAGACAAGGAAAAGAAGGGAUUUCAAUCCAUAGAGAGUGUUGUUACUCAAUUCGAGAAGCAGGUGCUUGAAUGGCUCGACAGUAAGCAGCUGGACGAAGCUGUGCUUGCGCAAUCGCCUACCUUCCGAAAGUGGUGGGAAAUGUUACCACAGAGCCACAAGGAAAAGGGGGAACCCGAGAUCUCUCGUAUUGCCCUUCUCAUCAACAAUGGUGGUCCGUCUGCUGUGAACUAGAACAUAACUUCCGGCGAAAUCAUAAACCCUGCCGUCAUGCCAAAAGGGGAAGUUUGUUUUCUAGUAACAACUUAGAUCGUGUCACCUUGCAAGUUGCGCUAAAUAAAUUUGGGAACGAAUGUUUUCAUGCUCAAAAGGGUGCUUGGAAUUUUACUUUCUUAACUAGACUUGCUGUGUUUCCACCC